AUGCAUGCAUGGAGGCUGGUGAAGGAAAUUUUACCUACAAAAGCUGCUCUAGCUCGACGUAGGGUAUCACUCCCAGAUUUUCUAUGCCCUUUUUGCUCCAUUGAAACUGAACAUGAAAAACAUGUUUUUAAAGACUGUGAUGUGGUAGGAAUUUUCUGGAAGUUUCUCCUUUUGAAGCUUAGGCCAGCAAUUCACCCAGCUACUACUGUUACAGAUUGGUUCUGGAGCAUGUUUGAGUCCCUAAAAGGUGAGCAACUAGAGCUAUUCUUGAUGUCUUUAUGGGCAGUGUGGAGUGAAAGGAAUAAUUUGGUCUGGAAGGAUGGGUAUUUUAACCCCCUGAAUAUGACAAAGUGGGUGAGCAACUUAUUGCAAGAGUACCAGAAGUUCCGUGUCCGAGUUGGGAAGUGUAUGAGGAGACCAACCAAAAAAUGGGCCUAUCCUCCGCGUGGUACGCUGAAGGUGAACAUCGACGGUGGUUUUAGACAGGAAAUUGGUUGGGGAGGUAUUGGUGUUGUUGUCCGAAAUGAAAAUGGUGACUGCAUGGCAGCGUUGGCAAGACUUCUCCCUUUUGUACAGUCAGCUAUACAGGCGGAAGCAGAAGCUCUUCGUGCCAGCUUGUUGAUUGCAGUACAUCAAGGAUGGAAUGAUAUAGAGGUGGAGUCAGACUGUGCUAUGCUUGUUAAUGCCCUUGAGGGGGAGAUGGAGGGCUUAUCAGAGAUUGGUCGAAUUGUGGAGGAUUGUAAAAGGUAUGCUAAUUCUUUUCUUUCUUUCCAAUUUCGACAUGUAUAUCGUGAAACAAAUGGUGUGGCCAAUAGGUUAGCACACUUUGCUAGUUGGAAUGAUCUAGAUGAGUAUUGGGUAAAGGACACCUGUUAUUAUUCGGGAUGUUCUCUAUGGGGAUAA